GUCAGGGCCCAACAUGCAGUCCCUAGACACUCUUAAUGUGUUAAAACUAAGACAACUUAAAGUUACAUAGUGUUACGUAGGCAGGGCACUCGCCUCACACUGAGUGUCCGAGGUUCAAUCCCCGGCACGAGUGGAAGCGUUGGGCUGAUUAGCAAAGAUGAAUAAACAGUAUAAUGAUAAGAUAAUAGUGGCACCAAUGGUUAGGGUGUGUACCCUACCAUUCAGGUUAUUAGCCAUUGACUAUGGCACAGACCUGGUGUACACAGAGGAGACGGUCGAUUUCAAGAUGCUGCGUUCUGUUAAAAGAGAAAAUAAUGCCUUGGGUACAGUAGACUUCAUUGACAAGUCAGAUGGAACAGUUUUCUUUCGUACGUGUGAGAGAGAAAGAACAAAGGUGAUUUUCCAGAUUGGAACGAGUGAUGCACAGAGAGCUCUCAAAGUUGGCAAGAUGGUUGAACCAUAUGUAGCUGGCUUGGAUGUAAAUAUGGGGUGCCCAAAAACAUUCAGCUUGAAGGGAGGCAUGGGAGCAGCUCUCCUUACUCAACCAGACAAGGUGAAAUCUAUACUCAGCACUCUUGUUCAAGGCCUUUGCAUACCAGUAACUUGCAAGAUUCGUCUUUUAAAGACACUGUCAGAGACAAUAGAACUAUGUAAGGUGAUAGAGAAAUGUGGGGUAUCUGCCAUUGCUAUCCAUGGCCGCACUAAAGAGGAGAGACCCAACCAUCCCAAUCAUAAUGACAUGAUCAGAGAAAUAGCUAAAGCUCUUAACAUCCCAGUUAUUGCAAAUGGCGGUUCAAAAGAGAUAAAGUGCCAUGAGGACAUUGAGAAAUUUCGACAAGAGACUGGAGCAUCAAGUGUGAUGAUUGCACGAGCCGCCAUGUGGAACUGUUCUAUUCUCAGGCCUGAAGGUCCACUUCCACUUGACACAGUGGCUGAGGCUUACUUGAGGUACUGUAUAGAUUAUGAUAACCCAUUCACAUACAGCAAAUACACCAUUCAAAACAUGUUGCGGGACCUUCAGGAUACUCCUCGGGGCAAAGCUUUCCUGGAAACACAGACUCUGCAAGAAAUAUGUGUAAUGUGGGGUCUGGAUGAAUACUUCAAGACACAGUUGGCAAAACAAAGUGAGUCUCGUAAUUGUAUGCACUUUGAACACAAGAGUGGCAAGACAGCCAUGCCUCCUAGUGCCGACCAUGUAGGUAUUAUCAAGAGAGAAGAAAAUGGCCAAGAAAUUGUUGAGAUGCCCAUCCAGUUUAUACGUGGAAAUUUUAAUAAUGCCGAUCUUCCAAAAAUGCUUCUAAAUACGUAUGUGUUUCGUAACAAGUUAUCUCAUCCUCACUAUGACCAUGUUGUUGUUGAUAAAUUCUUCUCGGCUUCAGUAGUUGUGGAUGGCAUCAAGUAUGCUUCAACACUCAGGGAAAAGAGCAAAAGAUACGCUGAACAGGGAGCAGCAGCCGUUUGUCUGCAUGCUUUGGGAGCAGUCGACAAAACUUACGGUUUUGUUCCUGCUGAUGGUGCAAGAAAAUACCAACAUGUUGUGAUGAAGGAUCAGUGUGAAAGGGAGAAGACAACGAAGAGAGUGUGUGCAGAAAAUGAUGAUCUUGAAGAAAAGAGUGAGGAUACAAGGAACUCCAAGAGAAUAAAAUCUAAAACCAAUAUUUUUGAAAAUAAUUUUAACGUGAAUCAUAUACAGACUGAAGAGUGUAAUGACUUAAAAAGACCUGUAAAUUAAAGAAUAUUAAGACUAGGAUGAUGAUUACACACUAAUAGUAAUUAAAUAUUGUAACGGAACCAUUUCAAUGUGAUAUUUAACUUUUGGAGUAUGCAGUACUAAAUUGCAGUAGUACAAUAAAACACUGGGCAAUUAAAUGUAGAUGAAAAAAAUCACUUUAUUUAUAAUUGAGUGUACAUCAUAUUUUUUCUUAAAAAAUUACUUCAAAAGUGUGGUAUGGUUUUGUAAUACCUGUGCACUGCCCAUACUGUACUCACUCAGCUAUGGUAGUAUGUGACUUCUUUAGUUGCUCUAGCUUUAUGGGGGGAACACAUCCAGUGCUUCAUUUUUUCUCUCAUUUCACAUGUAUUGUACAGGUCUUCUUUAAACAAACCAGCUGUAUCCCACUGAAGCAGGGUGGCCCAAAAAGAAAAAAAAAAGUUUCUCUUUUUAAGUUUAGUAAUGUAUACAGAAGGGGUUACUAGCCCCUUGCUCCCAGCAUUUUAGUCACCUCUUAUUACAUGCAUGGCUUAUAGAGGAAGAAUUAUGUUCCAUUUCCCAUUUUGAGUUUGGAAGCCAUCAAAAACUUAAAAUUGUAUAUUCACAAAAAAGUGCUAAAUCCCUUACACUGACAUGAAUUGCAGUUAAAUGCAUGUCUUUACAUACUGUACAUCCACUGCUUAGCUGGUUUUAAGGGAUGUUGAAAUACCCUGGACUACUAAUAGUUGGUGUUGUAAAGUUGGCAAUAAGCUGCCACAUAUUAUUUCAGAACUAUUUUUUUCCAAAUUACUGUAUUUGUGUGGGCAUCAUGUACCUAUCUGCCUUAUAGUACAGUAUCUUCCACCUUGAGCUGACUCAACAUAAAUCACCUUAUGGGGGGGGGGGGGCAGAGGCCUUAAUGCUGUUAAGUCUCUACUUAUGAAACUGGAGCUACCAUUCCCUUCCUUGGAUCAAACCUAAUAAUCUUCGAUUCCCCAGGUACUAUAUUUUACAUUUAUAUAUAAGAUUGUAAUAAAGUUGGUAGAAUUACCGACAAUAUGAAAAGUAAAAGGACACAAGUGCAACUAAU